UAACUCACCACCACCCCCUCCAAAGUUUCACGUGGGUAAAUUCUAGAUCUCCACGUCAUAGGCCAACUCAAAUGCCAAUCCUUCUAAUGAACCUUCUAGAGAGUCCGGGCCUGUUGUCAUCUCUAUCGCCAAUCUUUGGCAUCUUGUGGCAAUAAUCUCAUUCUACCUUGUAGAGCUUUCUGGUCUGACUGCCCUUGCCACCUUCUGCUCCCUUUGCCUAAGUAUAACACUUUUGAGGAAAGGGACGCUGUUUUAAUCAUCGUCGCAUCGCACACAGGCGGUGCUUUAUUGUGCUUAAUAUCGUUUAACGCAUCACACCCCGCCGAGGGAGUCGGAGGCGGACGCCUUUUGCUGUAUCCACACAGACCCGCGCAGGCACACACGGAGGCCGUCUGCCACUCUGACAGACACGUGUCCCCUGGGCCACAGCCCUGGAACUGUCUCGGGAUUCCCAGCCUGUGGGCGCUUCCAUGCUGGCCAGUGGAAGGGGACGCUUUUUUCUUCAGAACAGCUUCAACGGAUACUUCUUACUUUAGACCGCCUACGGUUCUACCCUAUAAAUCAGCCUAAGCCCGGCUUCCUUUUAAAACAGGAUUACGCCGGGUCGAGGGAGCCUGGCGUGGCCGCGCAGUGGCCGGGUCCCGCGGAUCCCCCUCCAGCUCCCGCUUGGUAGCGCCCGCUUUGUCAGCGCGCAGCGCUCGCCCGCCGCCCUGCAGGUCUCGCCAGGUCUCACAGCAGACGGUGCCGACGCAGCGCUCUUGCGCUUCGCUCCCCGGCUCUGCUGCCCGGGAUUUCCCCAGGACCUGCGCCGCGCGAGAAGGAGCCUGGGAGCACCCGCCCAGACUGCCCGGACAGUCGGCUCGACUCGCUGCCCUCGGUCCCAGCCGGGCUCCGCUCCUCGGGCGCUCGAGGGGCCGCGGUGGUGGCGGCGGCGCCCGGCAUGUUUCAUAGUCCGCGGCGGCUCUGCUCGGCCCUGCUGCAGAGGGACGCGCCCGGCCUGCGCCGCCCGCCCGCCCCAGGGCUGCGCCGCCCGUUGUCCCCGCCGGCGGCUGUUCCCAGGCCCGCAUCCCCCCGGCUGCUCGCGGCGGCCUCGGCGGCCUCGGGCGCCGCGAGGUCGUGUUCCCGAACAGCGUGUUCCAUGGGAACCGGUACAAGCAGACUCUAUAGUGCUCUCGCCAAGACACUGAACAGCAGCGCUGCCUCCCAGCACCCAGAGUAUUUGGUGUCACCUGACCCAGAACAUCUGGAGCCCAUUGAUCCUAAAGAGCUUCUUGAGGAAUGCAGGGCCGUCCUGCACACCCGACCUCCCCGGUUCCAGAGGGAUUUUGUGGAUCUGAGGACAGAUUGCCCUAGUACCCACCCACCUAUCAGGGUUAUGCAGUGGAACAUCCUCGCCCAAGCUCUUGGAGAAGGCAAAGACAACUUUGUACAAUGCCCUGUUGAAGCACUCAAAUGGGAAGAAAGGAAAUGUCUCAUCCUAGAAGAAAUCCUGGCCUACCAGCCUGAUAUAUUGUGCCUCCAAGAGGUGGACCACUAUUUUGACACCUUCCAGCCACUCCUCAGUAGACUGGGCUAUCAAGGCACAUUUUUCCCCAAACCCUGGUCACCUUGUCUAGAUGUAGAACACAACAAUGGACCAGAUGGUUGUGCCUUAUUUUUUCUUCAAAACCGAUUCAAGCUAGUCAACAGUGCCAAUAUUAGGCUGACAGCCAUGACAUUGAAAACCAACCAGGUGGCCAUUGCACAGACCCUGGAGUGCAAGGAGUCAGGCCGACAGUUCUGCAUCGCUGUCACCCAUCUAAAAGCACGCACUGGCUGGGAGCGGUUUCGAUCAGCUCAAGGCUGUGACCUCCUUCAGAACCUGCAAAACAUCACCCAAGGAGCCAAGAUUCCCCUUAUUGUGUGUGGGGACUUCAAUGCAGAGCCAACAGAAGAGGUCUACAAACACUUUGCUUCCUCCAGCCUCAACCUGAACAGCGCCUACAAGCUGCUGAGUGCUGAUGGGCAGUCAGAACCCCCAUAUACUACCUGGAAGAUCCGGACCUCAGGGGAGUGCAGGCACACCCUGGAUUACAUCUGGUAUUCUAAACAUGCUCUAAAUGUAAGGUCAGCUCUCGAUCUGCUCACUGAAGAACAGAUUGGACCCAACAGGUUACCUUCCUUCAAUUAUCCUUCAGACCACCUGUCUCUAGUGUGUGACUUCAGCUUUACUGAGGAACCUGAUGGACUUUCAUAAAUACUUGCUUUUGUCUUUUUAAUCACAAGAGCCUUUUUUUUUUUUUUUUUUUUUUUAAAGACAGUCUCGCUCUGUCGCCCAGGCUGGAGUACAGUAGCCUGAUCUCGGCUCACUGCAAGCUCCGCCUCCCGGGUUCAUGCCAUUCUCCUGCCUCAGCCUCCAGAGCAGCUGGGACUACAGGCGCCCGCCACCACGCCCGGCUAAUUUUUUGUAUUUUUAGUAGAGACAGGGUUUCACCCUGUUAGCCAGGAUGGUCUUGAUCUCCUGACCUUGGAUCACAAGUCUUAACAGGGAAUGUUUUCAGGAAACAAAUAGGAUAAGACAAUGCCAGACGAAGGACAGAAACAUGGGAAGUUUCUAUCAUUUCAUUUUCUUCGUUUCCAGCAUGCCCUUGGAAAAGACUCCCUUUAGUUCACAGAUCUUUUCAAUUAAAACCUAUAGCAAAAAAGGCGUUUGCACUCCAA